CUUAUAACCUUGUCAGUGGUGUAAGAGGGUCUUUUACAACGAGAGCCCGAUAGUACCGAUUCUAUACUAUCACCACCGCGUCUGUGACGGAAUCCAAAGAUUUAAGUACGGAGCGUGUCAUAGAUAAGUGUGACGAUAGUUAGGUAGCCUUUCUCCCGAGUAUAAUAAUCCUCACCAACGACUCUGUUUCCUAAGUGGCCGUCACUAAUCACUCUUGGUGACCAUCUCCACGACUUUUGCCAUCUCUCGGCGUUUCUGAAUUUAUUUUCCUUUCUUGUCCUUUUUGGUUCGCUGGCAUUCCUUUUUCGUGUACCUGACCCGUACUCCACGGCCUAGCGGGUGUCUGCAACAUGCGUUCAUUCACACCCGUCGUGCUAUUCGCAACCCUCGCGGCCCGCCGCUGCUUUGCGGCGGCCGUGUGCCCAUCAGUCUGGGGUGACGUAGCCGAGGACUUGAAGUCGAGCUUUGUGGACGGGGACGGGAAAUGCAACGACAACGCCCGCGGCGCGAUCCGACUCUCUUUCCACGACUGCUUUCCCGGAUCUUGUGACGGAUCGAUCAUCCUGACAGACGAAUGCACCGCCCGCAUUGAGAACAGUCAACUGGUCAAUAUCUGCUCUAUCGUGGGAGAUAAAGCGAAUCAAUUCAACGUUGGCGUCGCUGAUCUGAUUCAGUUCGCUGCCGCCAUCGGAAUUGCCUCCUGCCCAGGUGGUCCGAAGAUCUCCGUGAAGGUGGGCAGGACAGACUCGUUCGAAGCCGAUCCCACGGGCCAGCUAAUCUCGCCGAACGCCGAUGCCGCCACGAUCAUCAGGCAAUUCAGCGAAAGGGGCUUCUCGAUCAGGGAGUUUAUCGCCCUCAUGGCGACGCAUAGCACCGCCAAGGAUAGAAGCGGGAAUUCUUUAGAUACGACGGUGGGAGAAAUGGACAUGCGAUACUAUACCGAGACGGCAGACGGAAGCAUAUCCGCGAGCCUGAAUAGCGACAAGAACUUGAGCAACGCAACCGAGACAGUGGGCGACUGGAACGCAUUCGCGGAGGAUCCUGUAGCCUGGGAGCAAGCUUUCAUCCCUGCCAUGGAAAAGAUGGCCGUCAUUGGUAACGACCAGAGCCAAUUGGUAGACUGCUCAGAGGCGCUCAGGCUGGUCUUUCCUUAGCUUCGAAGACUGAAGCUUUUUUCAGACCGCGUCCACCGACCUUGACGACCAUUUUACUCGUGGUGGGUCAUGUGCGUAAUUAUGGGGAUGGCAUCAACACGGCGUUGAGAACGGCGUUGAAAAGACCAUAUCAAUACCGGGGCUGUGUCGCAUGGACAGGCACAGAAUAAGAGGGUACCCUGUGGUGACGUACGGCACUCUCAAUUCGCAUUUACAAGACCGAAAUUUUCACCAAGAUGUUUUAUUAGCAAGCCCAUCGGUCAUCCUAAAAUUAAGUCCACACAUUCUUCGCAUUAACUGUAAUAGUACU